AUCAAACACAAACAUCAAUAGAAUAACAAGAUUAUUGUAUUUACUCGCUUCCUCCCUCCACAAAAGUGGGAAUUUAUGAUGCUAUACAGAGAUUUCUGGACGCGACUCUGUUGCUGUACAUUUAUUAGGUAGCAUUCAAGCUUUGCAAGCGUAUCAAUCAGUAGGUGAAUUGGCAUUUGAACACUACUCCGUACACUCAGACACUAACUACGGUACUCAAGUAGCAGUUCGAGUCCCUCCCACCUUGUGUUCCCCACCAUAAGAACCUCUCCCUUGACCCAAAUUCGUCCGUGAGCCUAGAACAAAGAACAAAGAACAAAGAACAAAGAACAAAAAACAAAAAACAAAAAACAUAGUAUAUAGAACAACACCAAUAAAUAACCUUGGAAUACAACAAAAUCUACAUUCAUUUUUUUCAUCAUGUUCAGCAAUCUCAAUCCCUUUUCAUCUCCUUCCACCACUACCGAAGUCACCGAACUUCGCAUCUAUCCCAUAAAAUCCUGUCGUGGUAUCUCAAUCAAAUCAUCCUCCCUCACCACUCAUGGACUCGAGUUCGAUCGACGCUGGAUGUUCGUCUCUGGUGAUGACCACAAAUUUAUUACCAUCCGCGACCUUUCUGACAUGACCUUAAUUGACACUGCCUUUACCACCGUCAAAUCUCCCUCCGAAUCCAGUGAUGAAGAUGUCGAACACCUCGUCAUCAGUAUCAGGAAUACAGACAAAAAAGUCAUGAUGCCCGCGCGACCUACCGAACAGUGGCUGGAAGAAAACACAAACUUGGCACAGGUGGAGAUCUGGGGGUGCAAGACAGAUGGAUAUUUAUACAAGGAUGAGAUAAACCAUAUCUUCAGCGAAUUCUUCAAGAAAGAUGUUAAACUAGUAUUCAAGGGACCAACUCCGAGAAUUCUGAGUGGUAAUGGAGCACCCGAGAUACUCGGUAGGGAGGAGAGCACAAAUUUUCCAGAUGUCAUGCCCAUUUUGAUCGCAAAUGAAGCUUCUCUUCAAGAGUUAAACCAAAGACUAGCCGAGAAAGGCGCGGAAGAAAUUACAAUAGAAAGGUUCAGACCAAAUAUCAUUGUGAGGGGUAAAGACGAGAGUAAUAAAGAUGAUGCAGCACCAGCAGCAUGGACGGAGGAUGAAUGGAAGAGAGUACGAAUAAUCAACAAGCCAAACUCCGGAUUUCUGUCCACGGCCCUGGGCUCAACUGGGAUAGAUAUCGAUGUACAGGCUCGCUGUGCAAGAUGUCUAGUUCCAAACGUGAACCCAGAAACCGCGGAAAGGGAUCAGCAUGAACCUUGGGAUACUUUAGUGAGCUAUAGACGUGUAGAUGAAGGAAUCAAGUUUAAGCCGUGCUUUGGAAUGUUGAGCGUGCCUAGAUCCGAUGGACCUAUUGCUGUAGGGAUGAAAUUUGAGGUUUGGGAAACCACAAAAAAUCACAAAUAUCUAAAGGGAAUGUAG